GCUCAGCGUUCAGCUACUCUGACCACUUCUGCCAAAUCGCCAUGUCUGGACGCGGGAAGCAGGGCGGCAAGGCGCGCGCCAAGGCCAAGACUCGCUCCUCCAGGGCCGGGCUGCAGUUCCCCGUGGGCCGCGUGCACCGGCUGCUGCGCAAGGGCAACUACGCCGAGCGCGUGGGCGCCGGCGCGCCCGUCUACCUGGCGGCCGUGCUCGAGUACCUGACGGCCGAGAUCCUCGAGCUGGCGGGCAACGCGGCGCGCGACAACAAGAAGACGCGCAUCAUCCCGCGACACCUGCAGCUCGCCAUCCGCAACGACGAGGAGCUCAACAAGCUGCUGGGCAAGGUCACCAUCGCGCAGGGCGGCGUGCUGCCCAACAUCCAGGCCGUGCUGCUGCCCAAAAAGACCGAGAGCCACCACAAGGCCAAGGCCAAGUGAAGCGCACCUCCUACCGACCACCCCAAACCCAAAGGCUCUUUUCAGAGCCACCCAAUUUUUGCUGAAAGGACUGUGCACUGCGAACGACGUGGACGUUCCGCUGAGUCAAACAGGAGUGAAAAAUUGCCCUUGCUUAAAAUCAC